AUGCACCUGUUCUGCAACAAUGUGACACAAUCUUCCUCCCAUCUUUUUCUUCACCAACCACGUCAACGCCACCCUAUCAAACCGCUACACGCAUCUCGGGAAGAAACGCGAGUGAGAUUGCGUGCCCGUGUCCGCGUCCGACAAACAAUAGAGCCCCCCCGCCUCCCUCUCCGGCGCCGCAGCCGCAGCCGCAACAACGCCAAACAUCAGGCGCAACUACAACAAAAGUCGACGGCGAUGUCAGCUCCAGGACAGACGGCCACACCGCCGCCCGACGCCAAGAUCAGCGCCGCCGAUGGCCGCUCUUACUGGCAGGGCGUCGAUGCCGACGUGAACGGCAUGCUGGGCGGUUUCCCCUACAUCAGCAAGGUCGACCUGCAGGGCUCGCGCAACUUUCUCGCCAAAAUGGGCAUUGGCUCGAAGAGCGGUCUGCGGACGGUGAGCCGCGCUCUGGAAGGCGGGGCCGGCAUCGGUCGUAUCACAGAGGGUUUCCUGCUCGAUGUAGCUGAACAGGUCGACAUCGUCGAGCCCAUUGCCAAGUUCACCGCUGCUCUUCAGGAGAAACCCGGCGUUGGGUCUGUUUUUAACAUUGGUCUUGAGGAAUGGAAACCCCUUGAGGGCAUUGCCUACGACCUUGUCUGGAACCAGUGGUGUCUGGGCCAUCUCACCGACGACCAGCUCGUCGACUACCUGCGUCGUUGCAAGGCCGUCAUUGCCCCCACUGACGGUGUCAUCGUCGUCAAGGAAAAUCUGAGCACGGGCGGCGUCGAUCUGUUUGACGACGUUGACAGCAGUGUGACUAGGGUGGAUGAGAAGUUCCGCGCCCUCUUUGAGCAAGCGGGUCUCCGCCUCGUCAAGACAGAGCUGCAGCGUGGCUUUCCCAAGGAACUGUUCCCGGUUCGCAUGUACGCGCUCAAGUAGCCGGCUGGUGAAUCAGCGGUGGCGCGGCGGCGACGGCGGCAAACCAUGGAUCUGGGGCUCAUGGCCGGGAGGCCAGGGGACUGAGGGGCCGGCCGGAUGUAUUUUGACUAGGCCUAGGACCCUAAGAGCCAAAGGUAUCCCGCAUCGCCCCUUCCCCCUAAACCAGCCAGCCUGCCUCUCAACAUGGGAUGGGAUGACACGGCGGCUCGGGCUCCGAUCUACUGCACGAUGCGGCAGGGCCCCGAUCAUUCGUUUGUGGGUUCGUUUCUGGGGGCCACUUUAAUUCUCCGAUCUGAGAAAACCGGGACCAAGACACAGUAGGAGGGAAACGGAGAAAGGAAAAGAGAGGGGAGUCAGGGUAGGGGAAGGGUAAUACGGGGUCGAACAUGCACUGUAGGUAUGAGUACAUGCCACGCGAGAGGGUUGCCACGUCGGUUGUACAGAUGCAGCAGAUAGGCGACGACAGACGACAAGACGACAGGUGGCCGGAUGGGCGUGUGCAGGACUCUCCAGCCCCCAAGUUCAUUGGGUUCGCCCGCCCGUUCCUGUUCUCUUUCUGCUGUUUGCUACUGCACAUCCUAGCGAUGUUGGACGUCACUAGCUGUUCCCCCCCUCCGCCUCCCCCCCCGCCCCCCCUUCUCUCUUGCCCGCUCCCGUACGCCUCGGACGUCCCGCGAUGGAUUGCGAAAGGGGUACGCCCAGCAUGCACUGCAGACGCAACACGGAGGCUGAUGCUUUGCGAGGCAUUGAUGCCCAAAACAAAGUGAUUAUGGCUCCUUCUCUUCUCACCACCCCUUCAAUUGCCACCCGGACCGGUGUGAAAGUGAGGCGAACCUCCUGCA